GCUCUCCACAACCCCAAGAUGCUCAAGCGAAAAACACGUGCGACUCCUUGGCAUCUGAGGCCGGAGAACUAUUCGCCACGCCGAGGUUUUCGGCCCUAGUGAGGGGACGAACUCAACCCGGGAAACUGCUCAGGAAAGACCCCAGCUUCAGUGAGGCCUAGUCGCCCCGGAAGCCGGGAGCAGGGCCUAGUCGUAGUCGGGGCCCACGUCGCUCUUUGUCCCGAGCCAGGUCAGCGCCCGGAGACAGUGGGCAGAGAAAUGAAAAAGGGUCUGGGAACAUGGCCCGAAGGGCUCUCAAGCUUGCUUCGUGGACCAGCGCGGCUCUGGCUGCCUCGGGCUUCUGCCUCUACAGUAACAAGUACUUGGAUCCCAGUGACUUCGGCGCUGUCAGGGUGGGCAGAGCCGUUGCCACGACAGCUGUCAUCAGUUAUGACUAUCUCACCUCCCUGAGGAGUGUCCCCUAUGGUUCAGAGGAGUACUUGCGGCUUCGAUCCAAGGUGCACCUCCGUUCUGCCAGGCGUCUCUGUGAGCUGUGCUGUGCCAACCGGGGCACUUUCAUCAAGGUGGGCCAGCACCUGGGGGCCCUGGACUACCUGCUGCCGGAGGAGUACACCAGCACGCUGAAGGUGCUCCACAGCCAGGCCCCGCAGAGCAGCAUACAAGAGGUCCGCCAGGUCAUCCGCGAAGACCUGGGCCAGGAGAUUCAGGAUUUGUUUGUGAGCUUUGAUGACACCCCUCUGGGGGCCGCCUCCCUGGCCCAGGUCCACAAGGCGGUGCUGCGUGAUGGGCGGACAGUGGCCGUGAAGGUCCAGCAUCCAAAGGUGCAGGCUCAGAGCUCAAAGGACAUUCUCCUGAUGGAGGUGCUUGUCCUGGCUGUGAAGCAGCUGUUUCCAGAGUUUGAGUUCAUGUGGCUGGUGGAUGAAGCCAAGAAGAACCUGCCUUUGGAGCUGGAUUUCCUCAAUGAAGGGAGGAAUGCUGAGAAAGUGGCCCAAAUGCUCAAACACUUUGACUUCUUAAAGGUCCCCCGCAUCUACUGGGAGCUGUCCACCAAGCGGGUCCUUCUGAUGGAGUUUGUGGACGGCGGCCAGGUCAAUGACAGAGACUACAUGGAGAGAAACAAGAUUGACGUCAACGAGAUCUCGCGCCACCUGGGCAAGAUGUACAGUGAGAUGAUUUUUGUCAAUGGCUUCGUGCACUGCGACCCGCACCCUGGCAACGUGCUGGUGCGGAAGCGCCCGGACACAGGGAAGGCGGAGAUCAUCCUGCUGGACCACGGGCUCUACCAGGUGCUCACAGACGACUUCCGCCUGGAUUACUGCCACCUCUGGCAGUCGCUGAUCUGGACUGACAUGAAGAAGGUGAAGAAGUACAGCCAGCGCCUGGGAGCCGGGGAGCUCUACCCCUUGUUUGCCUGCAUGCUGACUGCCCGGUCUUGGGACUCGGUCAACAGGGGCAUUGGCCAAGCUCCGGUCACCGCCACAGAGGACGCAGAGAUCCGCGACAAUGCAGCCAGCUACCUCCCCCAGAUCAGCCAGCUCCUCAACCAUGUGCCUCGCCAGAUGCUGCUCAUCUUCAAGACCAAUGACCUGCUCCGUGGCAUUGAGGUCGCCCUGGGCACCCGUGCCAGGGCCAGCUCCUUCCUCAGCAUGUCACGUUGCUGCAUCAGAGCGCUGGCUGCGCACAAGAAGAAGAACGCCUGCUCGUUCUUCAGAAGGACCCAGAUCUCUUUCAGAGAGGCCUUCAACUUAUGGCAGAUCAACCUUCAUGAACUCAUUCUGCGUGUGAAGGAGUUGAGGUUGGCCAGCUGGGUCUUGGCCCUGCUUUGCCGGCUGUUGCCCACUUUGUACUGAGCGGACUUGCUGUCCCCUUUCCCUUUCCAGGGUGACUCUGUGGUGGGCAAGUGCACUUUUCACUCCUCAUUCUUUUGUCAUGUCCCCAGCCAGGUGCCCUGUUUCUGUCACAUGGUAGCCUGGAGCUCCACAGUCAUUGUCCCUGGCACCAUUACACUCCACCUCCAGAAUCCCUCUCCUACACCGUAGGCCUUGUCUCAUAGGCUGUACAAGCUGCCCUACAUGAGAGGUUGCUCUCCUUAUCCAGGGAGACAGCAUAAACAGUCUGUUUCCCACUCCUGGUGGGCACCACUGGGCUGGAUGUCCCUUCGUGGGCGCCAUGGAGCUGCAUGUCCCCCUACUUCCAGUAACCAUUCCUACUGUCAGGAUGGACCACGAAUUCACUGACUUCCUACGUGAAUUUCUACAUUUAACUUGUGGGAAGUUGGAUUUUGUUGGAAGAGCGCACAGUUUCUGAGUUGCUCGGAAUGGAUUCCCUCUCCUUGCCCUGUCAUUCCCAGAGGUGUUGCACCUGAGCAAGGUGACUUGGCAUCCAAGGCAUGAGUUCCUGGCUGUCCUGGUGACCCCUUUGGUGUUUCAAUAAAAACCCCUUCAGGGUCGCAGGGAAGGGCUUUGUUUGUGGGAUUUUUAUUCUAGAUUGGGAGUGAAUCCACACUGGCCGUUAGGUAAGAGUGGACCUGGAUGCCGUGGGCCACUCUGUUCUACUUGUCAUCUUGCCCCUGUCAUCCUUCCAGCCUUUCCCUUUGUGACCACUUCCUGCCCCUUGUAGGUGUUUCUUCCUUUCCAAGACUCUGAGACUGUGGUCAGGAACUCAGAGGCUCUGUUGAAGCCUCUGACUUGGGUUUCCCUGGGUUCUCACCACAUUCCCUGUGAGCAGGCACCUGCUUCGUUCUACUCAUUGCUUCCUGACUUAGCCCUUUGGUUCAUCAUUUGAUGCCCGUCCUGGAGACUGUAGUGUAAGCCUCAGCCACUGUGGCUAGGGUUCCACUCUGAAAUCUCCCUGUCACCUAUCUGGACUCCAUGUUUCCACCUCUUGCCCACCUGCCAGAGUUGCCCGGCCCCCACUCAAUCAUCUGCUCCUGUUUCUGGGACCUCCCUGAACUGCUGUAACUCCAGGUCCAUUUGGCAGGUCCUACUAUUAUUGAGCACCUGUGCUCACGGACGGUCAUUGUAUUUGAGUCUCUCUGAUCUUACUUCACUCCAUUCACAGGGGCAGGAAACUACUAAAUUUGAGUCUCCUCUUCUCUUUAUUCAUAAUACAACAAGCAGAUUUUCCACUGACCAGAGAUUAUUUGCAAUCCCUCUAUUUCCUGAAAGAAUUAAUUGUUCUUAGUGACCAGUUGGAUGCACCCAGAGACCUGAGAGAAUAAUCUGCAAGAUCUGUUAUUAAUCAUGAGGAUGCACGCUGCAUAUUAUAUUUUGUGGUGUCUUUUAAAGCCACUGAAGUAAAUAUAAAUGUCCUUUUUGUUCAAGGUAAUGGUUACUUGCUU